AUGGCGGACGAAAAGGGUGCCGCGGAUCACCGAGAACACUUUGCUCAUGAGACAGCCCAUGAUGCUGCCAGCCGAGGUCAACUUGCGACUGACCAAUAUGGUCACGCCCUGGUAGAGUUUGAUCGUGCCGCGGAAAGACGACUGCGGUUGAAGAUUGACCUCUACAUCGUGCCCACUGUUGCCUUGCUCUAUCUCUUUUGUUUUAUCGACAGAGCCAACAUCGGUAAUGCCAAGCUCGCCGGAUUCGAAAAAGACCUUGGACUCAAGGGCAACGACUACAAUGCUCUCCUGUCUAUCUUCUACAUCUCCUACAUCUUGUUCGAAAUCCCUAGCAACAUUGCCUGCAAAUGGAUUGGCCCCGGCUGGUUCCUGCCCGUGAUGACCCUGGGCUUUGGCAUUUCCUCGCUCGGCACGGCCUUUGUCCACGACAUCCGCGCCGCGUCUGGCGUCCGAUUCGUGCUGGGAAUCUUCGAGGCAGGCAUGCUGCCAGGCAUCGCCUAUUAUCUGUCUCGCUGGUACCGGCGCAGUGAGCUAGCCUUCCGCCUGUCCCUCUACAUUGUCAUGGCCCCGCUGGCCGGUGCCUUUGGCGGUCUGCUUGCGUCCGCUAUCCUGAAGCUGGAUCAUUUCGGCGGCCUGCGCACCUGGCGCAUGAUCUUUGCGAUUGAGGGCAUUGUCACCAUCGGAUUAGCUGUGAUCUCGUUCUUCACACUGACCGACCGUCCCGAGACCGCGCGCUGGCUCACGCAGGAAGAGAAGGACCUCGCCGUUGCUCGCGUCAAGUCCGAGCGUGUCGGAACCACCGAGGUGCUAGACAAGAUCGACAAGGCCAAGACUCUGCGGGGUAUCCUGAGCCCGGUGACCCUGGUGACCUCCUUUAUCUUCCUCCUGAACAACAUCACGGUGCAGGGUCUUGCCUUCUUCGCGCCCACCAUUGUCAGAACUAUCUAUCCCCAUGACUCAGUAGUCUCCCAGCAGCUGCACACCGUUCCCCCGUAUGUCGUGGGCGCGUUCUUCACAGUGUUGUUCCCCUUCCUUAGCUGGCGCUACGACAACCGUGUGGUGUUCUUUGUGGUCGGGGCCCCGUUCAUGAUGAUCGGAUACAUCAUGUUCCUGGCCAGCACCAACCCCAUGGUCCGCUACGGCGCGACCUUCCUCAUUGCCAGCGGUGCCUUCGCUUUUGGUGCGCUGUGCAGUGCCCACGUGUCGAACAAUGUUAUCUCGGACACGGCGCGCUCCUCAGCCAUUGGCACCGCGGUGAUGUUCGGCAACGUUGGUGGUCUGAUCUCCACCUGGUCCUUCCUACCAUUCGAUGCUCCCAACUACCACAUCGGCAACGGUCUGAACCUGGCCACCGCGGCCACGACCAUGAUCACGGGUGCGCUGCUGUGGGCGUGGAUGGUAUGGGAUAACAAGAAGCGCGACAAGGUGAAUGUCGACCAGGCGCUGGCUGGUCUCUCGCAGCGACAGAUCCAGGACCUUGACUGGCGCAACCCUGCUUUCCGCUGGCGUGUGUAG